AUGCCAAAGCCAAAAAACAAGGCUUCCAAGCCUGGUAAAGUGGAAGCCUCAGCAUCGCCACCACAGACUCCUCCAUCAUGGCCAGCUUUCAAGCCUCCUCUGCCUGUAGUCGACCUUGCCCCUGAGCCCCAUCCUUUGACAUCAAAGGUGGUUCUUAUACCUUCGUUCUUUCCACGAUCUCUUUGUCGCGACUACGUUGCUUUCCUCAAAACCCUGCCUCUUCAAACAACACCUGGUCGGCCCAAGCGGGGCGAGGCAGUGAGGGUUAAUGAUCGUUUCCAGGUUGAUAGUCAAGACUUUGCUACCCGAUUAUGGGAGCAAACUGGAUUGAAAGAGGCCUUAUCACAGGGAGAUAUCGAAGAAAUGUGGGGUGGUGAGCCAGUCGGAUUAUCCCCCAACAUUCGUAUAUAUCGCUAUUCCAAAGGGCAAUUCUUUGACUGUCAUUACGACGACUCUAAUAACCUUACUCUACCGCUAGAUCCCCCAAUGCCAGUGAAAACCACAUGGACCCUUUUACUCUACCUUACAUCUACUGCCGAGGGGUGUAUUGGGGGCGAGACAGUGUUUUAUCCAAGGGAUCGCAGGUCGCAACGAGAUGAGAUCGCAGUCCCUCUUGACACCGGCAUGCUUCUUCUGCACAAGCAUGGCGAUGACUGUCUUCUUCAUGAAGGGCGAGAAGUCACUGCAGGCGAGAAAUGGGUCAUCAGGACUGAUCUUUGUAUAAAGCGAUGA